AAUCAGUCUUCCCUUAAAUUGAUUUGUCAUGAAAAUGUAAAAUAUAUGUUGCUCAUAGUGUACCUUAAAUUUAACAUCUCUCUUUAGCUUCUGUUCCAUGCAAACAGUAUUUACACAUGGCAUAAACAAUGCAAGAGAGGCACAAAUGGCAUUAGUUUUUGUUAAAUUACUUGUGGAAAACAACAUGUGCAUUCUUAGUAACUUCCAUUAACUAUUUUGCUUCAUCUCAUUCCUAAUGUGGCUUGUUUAUUUAGAACACAAUGUCAUGUGUAAACUCCUUGAAAUCCUUCUGUUUUCCUUAACUCCCCCCCCCCUUCUUUAAUAUACCUCUUAAUUUGGCCUGAUUCAUGUAUAACUUCAAGAUAACUAUGUUAUGGAUUACUGACACUUAACAAUGAAUGCCAUUCUAAUGCAGCAAAACCUCCUUCGAACCUUGAAGAAACAAGCUGUGCGUGUGCAGAGGCGAGGAGGGAGCGAGCAGCGUCCCACGCUAACCCAUUAUAUAAUGGGAGCGGUCCAAGGAAGUAAAGAUCAGGCAACAAGAACCACUGGUGCAAUUACCAGUACAUAUGCAAACCUUUCUUUUAGGAUCGGAAAUGCCCUGCUUUCCUGCCUCUCUCCAGCGCUGCAGCAUUCCUUUGUGCCUGUCCUUGGCUUAAACGGGGUGUUAUUCUUACCUGGUAAAUAUCCGUAACCUAGCCAUCUAACCUUUCUACACAUCCGAUGGAGAUUCUGUUCUGCAGGCACUGUAGAUACCAUCAGCUGGUGUAUGCAUGGCCCUCCCCUUUGUCUUUGCUUUCAGCAGAUUAUUUUACUGUUUUUCCUCUUAGGGGGUGUUCAGCUUUGUAUCCCGAUUGUUCACCACAAAAGGAUCUGGAACGCCGGAAAAGCGCAAGCGGAUCACGACAUGCGCGCGGGUCUCAUUUCACCUCCGCGUGAGAGUCCGUGCGGCUCGACACAAAAGAACUCCCAACCAAUCCAGAAACACGUAUCUGUGGCCAAUCCGAGACUGCCUUACAGAGCGCCCUGGGAAAAAGGAAGCGGUUCUCGUUUCCUUGCCCGGCUGGCUGCCUGCCGCCCGCAGACUCUGCCCGGAGCGGUGGCCCUGCGUGCAUUCGGGGCUGUGUCAAAAACGGGGCAAGAGCUGUCCGCAGAAAGAACAGAGCCCCGGGCAGAUAAUCCUUCUCCCCCGCCCGCUCCUUGUUUAUUUUGUUUUUAGUCUGAAGGCGCCUCUGCUCAUGUAAUGCACUCGCUCACCCAGGAAAUUAAAUCCUUCUCCAGGGCUAAUCUGAGGAAGCAAUGCACGCGAGUCACGACUUUAACGGGGAAGAGGAUUAUAGAGACGUGGAAGGAUGCUCGGAUGAUGCAAGUCGUGGAAGUAGCUGACGGCAACGACAAGGAUGCCUGCGGUUACGUGCAGGACCUGAGCUUGGAUCUGCAAGUUGGGGUCGUUAAGCCCUGGCUAUUGCUGGGCUCCCAGGAUGCUGCUCAUGACCUGGAGACCAUGAAAAAAUAUAGGGUUACCCAUGUUCUAAAUGUAGCCUAUGGAGUUGAAAAUCCUUUCCCCCAUGACUUUAUAUAUAAGAGCAUCCCUAUCCUCGAUCUUCCUGCGACUGACAUCGUCUCCUAUUUCCCUGAAUGCUUUGAAUUUAUUGACCAAGUCAAAUUAAAGGAGGAUGGUGUGGUGCUUGUUCACUGUAAUGCAGGAGUCUCUCGUGCAGCAGCGAUCGUCAUAGGCUUCCUAAUGUAUUCAGAAGGACUCAGUUUUGCCAGCGCUUUCUCUUUGGUGAAAAACGCAAGACCUGCGAUUUGUCCAAAUUCUGGCUUCAUGGAGCAACUCCACAAAUACCAUCAGUGCAAUAUUUAAAAAGUGGGAACUUAAAUGAUACAGACUGACAAAAGGGGAAGAAUUUGAGGUUGCAUUUUAAUGAACAAAGCUGUGAAUGUUUUUUGGACACUGAUGUAGAAUUACAGCUGUUAAACAGUCAUCAUAAACUUCUGCUCACUUUGCACUGUAUAAUUUUAAAUCACCUGCAACUCAGAUUAAUUUUUUCUGGCUUUUUUUAAUGUUCAAAAUAACAAGUCUAACAAUAGUGAAUUAACUGUAUCAGCUUUGCUAAAUAUGAUCAGUUUGGUACUUGUUUCCUCAAUUGUAACUGCAUUCUAUCAAUAAGAAGUUUGGGGCAGCUGUCUCCAAACUAUGCCUUCCAGAUGCUUUGAAUUUCCACGCCCAUCAGCAUAGUCAAUUGUCAAGAAUGAUGUAAGUAGGAAUCCAAACCAUUUAGAGGGGCCCUGGUUGGGGAAGACUGAUCUAGGGCAUCAUGGUCAGAAUUACUCUGUUCAUUGCACUGUUUAUAAAACAAAUUAGGAAGCAAUCCAGUGCAACUUUAGACAGAAAAAGACCCAUAAUACCCAGUAUCCUUUCAGUGAGUCAUAUUAGCUGGGGUAUGAUGGGAACUAUGAAACUUUUUUUCUGUGAAAACAUGCCUAGAAUUGCACCCUUAGCUGUAGAAGGCCUUCAUUCACUUCAGGAAUACUCCUUUGCAAAAGUUCAUUUUUACCAGACUGUAUGGAUUAGGCCUCAGUGGAACUGAGCUCUAAGCCUGCCAUCCUGGUGUUAUCUAGAUGUGCUGGUCUGCAUCUGGGAAAUGCAGCUGUAGCUCACCAUGUUGGGGAAGGCUGUGCCCACCUACUACAGUCCAGGACUCGUGGUGAAACUGGAUGUCACUCCCAGCCAAUCCAAGACAGGAUUCACUCUUGGGUCAGCUGCCAGUGCUCAGGUUGGUAGCGAAACAUAGCUGGCAUUGUUUAAUCUUGGACAGCCAGAUGUCCAGUGAGUUCAGGACACUGGUAGUAGGUACUAGAACAUGACAGCUGAAAGCCCCAGUUCAGGUUCUUGCAAGGCCUUACAAUGGCCUGCUGGGCUUAUGAAAUGGAUCACAAAGAAGACAUUUCAACUUUUCCAUUCAAAAGGGCAGGUAGAUACUGAAAGGUAGUAAUAGAUAGGUUCAUUAGCCAAAUGUGAUCUUGAAAUCACAUUGAAUCUAUAUCCAUCUUACCUGGAAAAAUGUAGAUAGUAGUUUUAAUUAAUUUAGGUCACCUUUGGGCAGGCUGCCAGUCCCAAAUCUAAGCAUGCCAUUGGUAUAAAAGCAGGACCAAUGGACAGGAAUGGGACAAGAGGUCAUUUUCCCUUCCCUUUACCCUGAAACAUUUAAACAUGCAACAGGCAGGCGUUGCUGUUGUUAAGUUCAUAGCAUACAUUCCACAACUCCUCCAGGAUUUACACUGUUGUCGGGCACCUGGAACAGGCCAAUUUGUCUUUCCCCUUGCAGUCUAUUUUCCCUCCUUCCCCAGCCUAACAUUGCAUGUUUCAAUUACUUUCAAGCAUGGACUAAAACUUUUCACACAUCCUGAAAAA